GAAAAAACCUAACAAGCAGAGAGACUGAGCAGCAGAAAAAAUAAUUUAUUCCCUUUCUGUUUGAAAAUGGCAAUUUUUUGCAAAUAUUGAGGUUUAAUUUCUGAUGAGGAUGGUAGUGAUUGAUUUAACUUAAUCAACAUUUAAUUGAAAUGCUUUUAAGGUAUUCUUCUUCUGCAGUCACUCUUUCUCAAUCCAUUUUUUAUCAGUUUCACCGUAAACAUUCAUUCAAUACUUCUUCACAAAUUAUUAGAUGGAGACCUAGAGAUGAAUACAAGCUUAACCAAUCUGAAAUUGUUGAUAGAAUCACUAGAAUCUUAGUUCUUGAACGAAUUAAUCUUAUAAAUAGACUCUGUUUCGAUUUUUCGGAUGAAAUUCUUGACACAGUUCUUUGUAAGUUAAGGUUCAAUCCAAAUGCAUGUUUAGGGUUUUUUAAAUUAGCUACUAAACAGCAGAGGUUUAGACCUAAUGUGAAAUCUUAUUGUAAGAUUGUUCACAUUUUGUCUAGAGCUAGAAUGUUUGAUGAAGCUAAGGUUUAUUUGAAUGAAUUAAUUGGGAUUCGUAAACUUGGUUCUUCGGGUUCUUUGGUUUUUGAUGAAUUAGUGAGGGUUUAUAGGGAUUUCUCAUUUGCCCCGGUUGUGUUCGAUAUGGUUUUGAAAAUGUAUGCGGAGAAAGGGAUGGUAGAAAAUGCACUGAUUGUGUUUGAUAAUAUGGGGAAGUUUGGGUGUAAAGCUAGUUUGAGAUCUUGUAAUAGUCUUUUGAGUAAUUUAGUUAGGAAAGGUGACAGUCGGGUUGCUGUUGUUGUUUAUGAUCAGAUGGUUAGGGCUGGAACUGUACCAGAUGUUUUCACUUUGACAAUUAUGGUGAAAGCAUACUGUAAAGACCGGGGUGUGCAUAAAGCUGUGGAAUUUGUUAGAGAGAUGGAGUACAUGGGUUAUGAACCUAAUGUUGUGACAUACAAUUCUUUGAUCAAUGGCUUUGUUGACAUAGGAGAUAUGGAAGCUGCAUGGGGAGUUAUGAAAUGCAUGUCUGAUAGGGAUAUACCAUGUAAUGUAAUUACUUAUACUGCAUUGAUGAAAGGCUAUUGCAAACAAGGUAAGAUGCAUGAAGCGGAGAAAAUACUAAAUGACAUAAAGGAGUCUUCCUUGGUUGCCGAUGAACUUGUUUAUGGUGUAUUGGUGGAUGGGUACUGUCAAAUAGGUAAAAUGGAUAAUGCUGUUAGGAUACGAGAUGAGAUGUUGAGUGCAGGACUACGAGUGAACUUAACCAUUUGCAAUUCCCUUGUUGAUGGUUACUGCAAGUCUGAGCAGCUCAAUGAAGCGGAACGCGUAUUUAUGGGUAUGAAGUUGUGGGGUUUGAAGCCAGAUUCUUAUAGCUAUAACACUCUUGUAAAUGGGUACUGCAGAGGAGGUCAUAUAAGCAAGGCAUUUGAACUUUCUAGUGAGAUGGAUCAGGAAGGAUAUGUACCCACUGUCGUCACGUAUAAUACACUUUUGAAAGGUUUAUGCCGUGGUGGUUCCUUUGAUGAUGCUUUGCAUCUUUGGUGUUUGAUGCUGAAAAGAGGUGUGGCACCUAACGAGAGAAGUUAUAGCACUUUACUAGAUGGUACUUUCAAGGUAGGUGAUUAUGAGGGCGCGUUGAAGUUGUGGAAAGACAUUCUUGCAAGGGGUUUUACGAAGACCACAAUUACCUUCAAUACAAUGAUUAAUGGAUUAUGUAAGUUGGGAAAGAUGGAAGAAGCGGAGGACAUAUUAUUGAAAAUGAAAGAGCUAGGCGGUAUACCUGAUGAUAUAACUUAUAAAACCCUGAGUGAUGGUUACUGUAAAAGUGGAGAUCUUGACAAGGCUUUUCAAGUUAAGAGGCAGAUGGAAAUGGAAGGAAUUUCUUCUUCUGUUGAAAUGUAUAACUCUCUUAUUAGCGGUCUUUUUACAUCGAGGAGACUCGAUAGAGUAAAUGAUCUUCUGGUAGAGAUGAAUGCAACUGGUUUGACCCCAAAUAUUGUGACAUAUGGAGCUCUUAUUAGUGGUUGGUGUAAAGAAAAAAAACUAGAUAAAGCUUACGGGUUAUACAUGGAAAUGAGAAAGAACGGUUUAACCCCAAAUGUAGUGAUAUGCAGCACACUAAUCAGUACCCUUUAUAGGCUUGGAAGCAUAGAUAAAGCCAAUUUUCUGUUGCAGAAGAUUCUGGAUGUUAAUCUUUUUUCAGGUUUAGAAAAUCUUUCCACUUCCUGUGGAGGUGAUCAUGCUUUCAGAAAAAUCGCAGAAUCCCUAGAUGAAACUGCAAAGAGAUAUCUUCUUCCCAAUGACAUUGUAUACAACAUUGCUAUUGCUGGGCUUUGCAAGUCUAGGAAGGUGCAGAAUGCGAGAAGGCUGUUCUCAACUUUAUUGCUCAGAGGCUUUGUCCCAGAUAAUUUCACAUACUGUACCCUCAUCCAUGGUUGCGCGGCUGCAGGUAAUGUGAAUGAAGCCUUUGACAUAAGAGAUGAGAUGUUGGCAAAGCAUGUAAACCCAAACAUUACAACAUAUAAUUCUCUUAUAAAUGGGUUGUGCAAGUCUGGAAACCUGGAAAGAGCAGUUAGACUUUUCCAUAAACUAGGCUCAAAAGGGUUGGCUCCUAAUGUUAUUACAUAUAAUACGCUGAUUGAUGGAUACUGCAAGGUGGGUCAGAUGAGUGAAGCACUUAAGUUGAAAGAUAAAAUGGUCGAAGGAGGCAUUGCUCCUUCAGUUGUUACGUUUUCAGUUUUGAUUAGUGGUUUAUGCAAGCAAGGGGAUACAGAUGCAUCCAUGGACCUCCUGGAUCAAAUGACUGAGGCGGGCAUAGACCCUACUAUUGUUACAUAUUCUACAAUAGUUCAAGGCCAUAUUAGAGGACGGAAGCAUAUUUCCCAGCUUUAUAAUGAGAUGCAUCCUAGGGGGCUAUCCUCUGACAGUGGUUCUUCAACAGAAACAGGUCUUUCAGAGCCCUUACGUGACAGAGUUAUGACAGAUGCCUUCGUCAUGUCUGAAGCUGUGUGUUGAUUCAUGCUUUGCAACAUGUCUCUGUCAAAGGACUGCUUCAGUAAAUUGGUUCUGUUAACGGAAUGUGCUGGAUGCAAACCGUUCCUUGUACAUAUUCAUCCCUUGCUCCUCGAAAGUUGUAAUUUGACGGAGUUUGGACCUCUAAACUCAGAGGUUUUUGGUUAAAAACCAGUCAGGUUAUAGCGAGAUAAUGGUUUCCGACUCAUGUAUUUGGUUUGGAGAAAGGGUCCUCGGUCAUUCUCCCAGUAUAUCGUCCAUCGGAAGCCUGUUUGGAGAAAAUGCGUUGACAAAUCGCAUAGCUGGUGUACGUAGAUGUAAAUAGCAGCUGGUUCUCUUACCUCAACUUCUUGAAUAUUUCCCCAGGCACUAUCCUGCAGCAGAGGUAAGUCUAAAAUGUUUCUAUAGUAAAGUGUACCAUGAGUACGAAAAUUCUUUCUUCUGUUCUGUGUAGAAGGAACAAAAAAUGUUCGUUUCUUUGUAAAGAAAUGGCUGGUCCAUCACAAAAGUUGUGCCAUCCAGUGACAAUACUAUUCUAAAGCAAAAUACAAUCCUCACAAAGACAUCUCAAUCCCAA